GAGGCGCAGUCAAAAGUGCAAGUCGCCCCGUGACAUGUUAAUUCUUAACUCAAUGAAUGACUACUUGAGGUCAUCUUUUCAAGGGAAUCCGCUUGUGAUGCACGGACAUCUUAUGGCCUCAUGCGAGACAUCGUCUCAAAGUGGGAAGAUAAGAUGAUUCUUCACACCCUCCGGUCGGAUUAGACACAAAGUCACUGACUGCAUUGUUGCGGGAUAAAACCAGACUCUUGUUGGAUUCGACUUCACUUAAAUGAGGAGGACGCUCAGUGCGCAACAGACACUUUGUAUAGUACUGGCACAGGGCAUCGCGCGCAAAAAUGCCGAACGAAAAUUGGGAAAAUAACUAUGAAUAUACCCCUUUGUUAAUUAAAGAGGCAGAAGAAACAAAGCCAAUAUUCAAGCUCCCAAACAAAACCCUUCUUCUGGCUACGCUUGCUGCUGGUAUAGGAGGGACCUUCCAGUACGGCUAUAACGUCUCGGUCAUAAAUGCACCCACCAAGUAUGUGCAAAAUUUCAUCAACCAAACAUGGACAGAGCGUUACCAAAGCGACAUUGCAGUUGGUGUUCUCACUUUAAUGUGGUCCACUAUUGUGUCUGUAUUUACCCUUGGAGGACUAAUAGGAGUGUCAAUUGGAGGAACAUUGUCAGUGAAGCUGGGAAGGAAAGGGACAUUGUUGGUCAAUAAUAUUCUUGCCAUGAUGGCUGCCCUGACGAUGGGUCUGAGCUACCCAACAGGAAUGUUUGAACUAAUCGUCCUGGGACGUCUUCUCAUUGGAAUAAAUUCUGGCAUUGGCCUCUGUGUUCAACCUUUGUACUUGGUGGAAAUUGCUCCAACAUCCAUCCGUGGCCUCAUGGGAAUGGGAUCCUCAGUUUUUGUGACGGGUGGGAUCUUCACUGGACAAGUGAUGGGCCUCAAAGAAGUGCUGGGUAAAGAAGAGUACUGGCCCAUUCUGCUUGCAACCACAUGCAUCCCAGCGGUCCUGCAGCUCCUGAUGCUUCCGUGGUUUCCGGAAAGUCCACGCUUCCUGCUCAUUGACAGAGGAGAUUAUGAGGGAUGCAGAAAAGCCCUCAGGCAACUCCACGGUGCAACUGAUUGUGGUGGUGCAAUGGAGGACAUAGAAAAGGAGAAAAACAACCUGGAACAGGAAGGAUCCAAGGCCAAGAAGCCAUGGGAGCUCCUUGCUGACCGCAGCGUACGCUGGCAGCUUGUCAGCAUCAUGCUUCUCAAUUCAGCUCAGCAGCUGAAUGGAAUCAAUGCUUUUUACUUCUAUGCAGAUUAUGUGUUUACACAAGCAGGGAUUCCCACUGAGAGAAUACCAUAUGCAACAGUCGGCACUGGUGCCUGUGAAUGCCUCACUGCUUUGACCUGUGGUUUGCUCAUUGAGCAUCUGGGACGGAAGGUUCUCAUUACUGGAGGAUACACGCUCAUGAGUAUCUGCUGCAUUUUGUUCACUCUGACCAUUACUUUUCAGGAGGUCAGUCCAAUUUUUCCCUACCUCAGCAUGGCAUGCGUUUUUGCCUUUAUUCUGAGUUUUGGAUUAGGGCCAGGUGGUGUGACUAAUAUCUUGACUAUGGAGCUGUUCACGCAAACCGCACGGCCUGCAGCCUACAUGAUUGCAGGCUCCAUAAACUGGAUCAGCUUCUUCUUCAUCAGCAUGGUCUUUCCUUUUAUUGUGCUCGGUCUGAAGCAGUACUGUUUCCUGGUGUUCAUGGUCAUCUGCAUCCUAGUGGCAGUUUACAUAUUCUUUAUCAUUCCUGAAACCAAGAACAAAACUUUUCUGGAAAUCGAGAAUGAGUUUAAGAAUGGGAGAAAAAAGAUGGGCUACAACACUGAUGGCUCUGGUUUGACACUAUUGACAACCUCAAUGUAACAUGGACUGUAUCACAUGACCCUCAAGUGAAUAUAGUUUUUAUAUUCAUCACAAUGGUGCCUUUUGAUUUGAACAGUAAAAUUCAAGUUUUUGUUACUGAUAUAUAUUAUUGUUUUCUGCAGUUUUAAUAAAUGGACUGAGAUUUCCCAAUAAAGUUGUCCUUUUCAAAACUA